CCCAACUGAGUACCAUGUGAAGGUCUGACAGAGCCCCUUGAUUCGUGGGACAGGAGAGACGUCCCUCUUUCAGUCCAGAAGGGGCAAAUUCUUUGAACGUUUUUGUCUGCUUCAGUAGGCUCUUAAAGUAUCGUCUUUACCUGAACCACAGGGGCACGUGCCUGAGCCAGUUUGCCCACUGUGGGGAAAGGAAGUCUCAGGAGGCAUUCCGCGCGCCAUGGAGAAACCGUGGAAGUGUGGGGAUUGCGGGAAAGGAUUCCACUACGCAUCCGAUCUGGAGAUCCACCGCCGUGUCCACACCGGGGAGAGGCCGUUCAGCUGCUCGGUGUGCGGCAAGGGCUUCUCUGACUCGUCCACCCUGCUGACCCACCAGCGGGUCCACACCGGGGAGCGGCCCUUCACCUGCUCCGUCUGCGGCAAGGGCUUCACCCAGUCGUCCAACCUGCUGACCCACCAGCGGAUCCACACCGGGGAGCAGCCCUUCACCUGCUCCGUCUGCGGCAAGGGCUUCACCCAGUCGUCCAACCUGCUGACCCACCAGCGGGUCCACACCGGCGAGGUGGCCUUCACCUGCUCGGUGUGCGGCAAGGGCUUCCCUCACUCGUCCACCCUGCUGCGGCACCAGUGGGUCCACACCGGGGAGCGGCCCUUCACCUGCUCCGUCUGCGGAAAGGGCUUCCCUCACUCGUCCGCCCUGCUGUCCCACCAGCGGGUCCACACUGGGGAGAGGCCGUUCAGCUGCUCUGUCUGCGGCAAGGGCUUCACCCAGUCGUCCAGCCUGCUGACCCACCAGCAGGUCCACACCGGCGAGGGGGCCUUCACCUGCUCGGUGUGCGGCAAGGGCUUCCCUCACUCGUCCACCCUGCUGCGGCACCAGCAGAUCCACACCGGGGAGCGGCCCUUCACCUGCUCCGUCUGCGGCAAGGGCUUCCCCCACUCCUCCGGCCUCCAGAUCCACCAGCGGGUCCACACCGGGGAGCGGCCCUUCACCUGCUCGGUGUGCGGCAAGGGCUUCACCCGGUCGUCCAACCUGCUGACCCACCAGCAGGUCCACACCGGGGAGCGGCCCUUCACCUGCUCGGUCUGCGGCAAGGGCUUCACCCGCUCGUCCCGCCUGUUCUCACACCAGCGAGUCCACACCGGGGAGAGGCCGUUCACCUGCCCCGAGUGCGGCAAGGGCUUCACCUGCUCCUCCAACCUGCUGUCGCACCGGCGGCUUCACAGCGGCGAGCGCUCGUUCAUCUGAUCCGUCUGCGGCAAGGGCUUCACCCGGCUGACCAACCUGCGGCCACACCAGUGGGUCCACACCGGGGAGUGGCCAUUCACCUGCCCCGUCUGUGAGAGGGGCUUCGCUCACUCCCAGCACCUGCUGCGGCACCAGCGGGGGCACAAGUGACGGGGCCAGCUGCUGUGGAUCCAAGAUUUCACUCUCUGUCCCAUUGAGUCUCCAGUCAGGUCCUUCAGCUCAACUGGUCUCUCUCAGUAUUUCUGACCCAUGUGAGCCUCUACGCACCUCCCCUUCACUCGCUCACACUUGAUUUCCCUUACAGCAGCAUUCCCUUCAGUUCCUUUCUCCCUGACGUCUGUAUCCAGCUUCUCCUUAAAUGCCGUCCACCUCGACCUGCUACUGUGGGGGUCAUUCCCGCUGCAGAUAGAGGUCUCUCCUUUGUAACCUCUUCAAAAGAUUUACCGCUGACUUCCCCCUUCAGUCUUUUCCAUUUCUGGGUCUCCCCGCUGUUGCGAAACUUGGAAUGGUUCAGAAAAGAUUGACAAGGAUGUUGCUAGGGUUGGAGGAUCUGAGCUAC